AUGGGUAACAUGAAUUGUGCAGCAUCAGCAACGUCAAUUGACAAUAAUCCAAAAUCUAAUAAUACUCGAUAUAUUGAAUUAAAUAAUACAUUAAAUACAACUGUCAAUGGUAGUUCCGAACGAACAUCAUCAUCUUUAUCAUCAUUUGUACCAUUAAUACCGGCAAUUAAAUUAAAAUCAGCAUCAUUAUCAUCAUAUAAUGUUCGUUCAUCAUUUUGUGGUAAUAAAAUUAAUAAUAAUAAUAACAAUAUUGGAAGUGCAUUAACUGUUCAUCGAUAUAAUGAAAAAAAUCUACCAUUAGCAUCAAAUAAUUAUUGCACUAACAGCAAUAAUAGUAACAAAAAACAAGAAAAAAAUAAUAAUAAUGAAAUACAAAAAGGUAAAUAUUUUUAA